AUGGGACAGUGCACUGUUUACCAGCAUUCCAAAGCUAGAGGCGAAAUCAAGAUCAACACGGCAACUUACCGAGCGAGGAGACAAGGUCGUAAAUUGGGAAGGAUGCACACUGCAGGCUUUCGUCCGGGAUAUGAACCUGAUGUGAAAGGAGGACAGUAUACGUGGAACACAGCCACAGCCUCAGACCUCUACAAGAUGGAAGCUGACUUGAAGUGCCAAGGCAACCUCCCACAAAUCGAAUCCUUUUUCGCCGAACGAUUCAGUGGCCUCUUGUUAUCCACCUUUGAAUCAAAUGCUACAAUUGCUGCACGACCAGGAGACACCUUUGGAACCCUCAUUCUAUCAAAAAAGCAGUCUCAAACAACCAAAAGUUUGAACCAAACCAAUAAUCCUGGUAUCUGGGCUAGCAAGCCAAGCGAUAUCGGUCACCCUUUUUCCACAUAUGUACCCCAAGGAGUAUGGCCAUCACGUGCUUUCCAGGUGAUGUCACAGCAAAACGAGGUGGCUCAAAGUUCAAGGCUCUGCACCCUCUUCGAAUCUUUAUAA